CGCUCGGCCUCUCAUUUUAUUUUUCACUUAUUUUCUUUAUCGACAUCAUUUCUACCUUCCUCUUUCUGGUUUAAGUUUCAGAAAUCUCUCCAUAUCCUUGGAUUCGUAGAGAAAAAGCAAGCACACACACACACAGAAGAGAGAGAGAGAGAGAGAGAGAGAGAGCUUGGUAAUUCUUCAAUCGCUGGGUAUAGAUGGCACUGGCCACAACUGCAGAAGUUUGUGAUGCAAAUCCACAGCUAAUUGUGAGCGGUGAGCUCCGGGCACUGCAGCCAAUUUUCCAGAUUUAUGGUCGGCGACAAGUCUUUUCUGGUCCAGUAGUGACCCUUAAAGUGUUUGAAGACAAUGUUCUCAUCCGCGAGUUUCUCGAGGAGAAGGGUAAUGGCAGAGUUCUUGUUGUAGAUGGUGGUGGCAGUCUACGGUGCGCAAUAUUGGGAGGCAAUCCUGUUGUGCAAGCUCAGAAUAAUGGAUGGGCAGGCAUAGUGGUUAACGGCUGCAUUAGGGAUGUUGAUGAGAUCAAUGGUUGUGAUAUUGGUGUUAGGGCUCUGGCUUCUCAUCCAAUGAAAGCUAACAAGAAGGGGAUCGGGGAGAAACAUGUGCCAAUAACCAUUGGAGGGACAAGAAUCUGUGAUGGUGAAUGGCUUUAUGCAGACACAGAUGGGAUCCUUAUUUCUCGAACCGAGCUAUCUGUUUGAAUCACCUUUUCGUAGAAAGAUGGCAUUUUCGAAUAGCCAUUCAUGGCAAUUAAAUUAUAUUGUAAUGGUUAUUUGUAAGCUUGUCUUCUUGAGGUCGUGUUUGAAUUUUAGAACAUUGUGUAAUACGCUCUGAACUUGCAAGAAUGAAGUAGAAUAAAAAUUUUAUUAUAUUUUGUUUGUCA